AUGGAUGAGCUCUCGGAAGAUGAUAAACUUACUGUAUCCCGUGCAAGGAAGAUGCAGAAGUUCCUCUCACAGCCCUUCUUCGUCGCUGAGAACUUUACUGGUCUCCCUGGACGUUAUGUUGACUUACCAGAUACCAUUUCAGCUUUUCAAUCCAUUCUGAGAGGAGAUUGUGAUGAUAUUCCUGAGGCAGCAUUCUUCCUUGUUGGUGAUCUUAACGAUGCUAAGGAGAAGUCAUUGAAGUUGGCAACAUCAGCUACUACUGGUUAG